AUGCACUCUCCUCUUUUAAUAACAACAACCCUAUUAAUUAUCUUUGCCCUCCUAAUUAACCCCCUUCUCUUAACAUUUACACCCUCCCCACUGCCUAACCGCUGACACUCCACCUCAGUUAAAAACUCAGUUAAAAUAGCCUUCUUUACCAGUCUAAUUCCCCUCUUUCUAUUCCUGGAUAAGGGUACAGAAACCAUUAUUACCACUUGAUCAUGAAUAAAUUUAAUAACAUUUGACAUCUCUAUCAGCCUGAAAUUUGAUCUCUAUUCAAUUACUUUUAUCCCCGUUGCCCUUUAUGUUACAUGAUCCAUCCUAGAAUUUGCCUCAUGAUACAUACACUCCGAUCCCUAUAUUAACCGAUUUUUUAAAUACCUUUUAAUAUUUCUUAUCGCUAUAAUUGUCCUAGUAACUGCUAACAAUAUAUUCCAACUGUUUAUUGGGUGAGAAGGGGUUGGAAUUAUAUCAUUCCUUUUAAUUGGUUGAUGGUAUGCUCGAGCAGAUGCCAACACAGCUGCACUCCAAGCUGUUCUUUACAACCGAAUUGGAGAUAUUGGCUUAAUCUUAGCUAUAGCCUGAAUUGCAAUAAACCUCAACUCCUGAGAAAUUACUCAAGUCUUCACUCUUGCCUCUAAUCAAGACUUAACUCUCCCCUUAGUGGGACUUAUCUUAGCAGCAACUGGUAAAUCAGCCCAGUUUGGCCUCCACCCCUGGCUCCCCUCGGCCAUGGAGGGUCCUACUCCGGUAUCCGCCCUUCUGCACUCUAGCACAAUAGUGGUAGCAGGAAUUUUCCUCCUAAUCCGCCUUAACCCCUUAAUAGAACAAAACCCCUUAACACAAACCCUAUGUCUUUGUCUAGGCGCAUUAACCACCCUAUUUACAGCCCUUUGUGCUCUAACACAAAAUGAUAUUAAAAAAAUUGUAGCAUUCUCCACAUCAAGUCAACUUGGCCUUAUAAUAGUAACCUUAGGGCUUAAUCAACCUCAACUAGCUUUCCUUCACAUCUGCACACACGCCUUUUUCAAAGCUAUGUUAUUCCUCUGUUCAGGGUCUAUCAUCCAUGCUUUAAAUGACGAACAAGACAUCCGAAAAAUAGGAGGUAUACACCAACUCACCCCAUUUACAUCCUCCUCACUGACCCUUGGAAGUCUUGCUCUCACAGGCACCCCUUUCUUAGCAGGAUUUUUUUCUAAAGACGCUAUUAUUGAGUCAUUAAACACCUCAUACUUAAACGCCUGAGCCCUUGUUCUAACCCUAGUAGCAACUUCUUUAACUGCUAUCUACAGUCUUCGCCUCACCUUUUUUGUGACUAUAGGCCACCCUCGGUUCAACCCCUUAUCACCUAUUAAUGAAAAUAACCCAAUGGUAAUUAACCCUAUUAAACGAUUAGCAUGAGGAAGUAUAGCAGCAGGCCUUCUAAUUACCUCAAAUAUUUUACCCAUUAAAUUACCUGUUAUAACUAUACCCACCCCUAUUAAACUAGCAGCAAUUAUUGUGACCAUUAUUGGACUUCUAAUCGCUCUUGAACUAGCACUAAUCACCUCUAAACAGCAUACCGCACUGCCCAAACGCUCACCCUAUUUAUUCUCUAAUAUAUUGGGAUUUUUCCCAACCAUUAUUCACCGCCUCCCUACCAAAUUGUCCAUAAUUCUAGGACAAAAUAUUGCCACCCAAACCGUUGACUUGGCAUGAUUAGAGAAAGUAGGACCAAAAGCCUCAACCUUAUUAAACCUCCCUUUAAUUACUACUACAAGCAACGCCCAAAAAGGAGCUAUUAAAACCUUCCUUAUGUUUUUUACCCUCACAAUCAUAUUAACCCUGCCCUCACUCCUUUAA